AUGGAAGUAUAUGUUGAUGACAUGGUAAUCAAAUCUGUCAAAUUAGAGCACCACCUUAUGCACUUAAAAGAAGUAUUCGGUCAGGCUCGGCGGCAUGGGAUGCGGUUCAAUCCUGAAAAAUGUACAUUUGGUGUAGUCGGCAGUAAAUUCUUGGGUUUCAUGCUAUCCGAAAGGGGGAUCGAGGCAAACCCUGAUAAAUGUCAAGCUAUCAUCGAGAUGGCUAGUCCUCGGAAUGUCAAGGAAGUUCAACGACUAGCCGGCAGGAUCGCUUCCCUUUCCAGGUUUCGUCCCAUAAUGGCAGACAAAUCUCGGCCUUUCAUUAACUUGCUUAAAAAAUCUCAAAAAUUUGCUUGGAAUGACGAGUGUGAGGCCGCCUUCACCCAAUAUAAAAAUAUGCUCACAGCACCACCCGUAUUAACAAAACCGCACCCUGAGAAAGAGAUGAUUAUCUACCUGGCGGUGUCGAAUAAUGCCAUCAGUUCCGUCCUGUUACAAGAAAUACCUGAACCGGCCCCAGUUUAUUUCAUCAGCAGAACGCUCCAAGGUCCCGAAUCCCGGUAUCAAUUAAUGGAGAAAGUGGUGUUUGCCCUAGUCCACACAGCUCGUCGAUUAAGAUACUACUUUCAGAGUCAUCGGAUGGUGGUACGGACAGAUUGUCCAAUGUCUAAAAUUUUAAGAAAACCUGAAUUAGCUUGUCGGUUGGUAGCAUGGGCAAUAGAAUUAUCUCAAUUUGAUAUACACUUUGAAAGCCGACGCCUCCUUAAAGCUCAAGUACUUGUCGACUUGGUCAAUGAAUUCACAACUCAGCCACAAGCCAGUUGGGAUAUGUGGAACCUGUAUGUUGAUGGAUCAUCAAACCAAUCUGGUAGUGAAGCAGGAAUUAUACUUGAAGGCCUGAACACCGUAACAAUUGAACAAUCCAUUCGGUUUGGAUUCAAAGCCUCUAAUAAUCAAGCUAAAUAUGAAACCCUCCUAGCCGGCCUCAAAUUGGCAAGGGAUGUUGGAGUAAAACGUGUCACUUGUUGGAGUGAUUCAAAGAUAGUGGCCGAACAGGUCAAUGGAACAUAUCAGGUGAAGGAUUCGGUCAUGCUCCAAUAUUACCAAGAAUUUAAAAAUAUAGAAGCUGAGUUUGACGAGGUAUGUGUUCGAUACACCCUGAGAACAAUGAAUGAACAAGCCGAUAAGCUUGCUAAGUUGGCCAGCCAAAGAAAACCUGGGCAAUUACAAAGUGUAAUUCACCAGGAAAUCCUUAAACCGAGCAUAGCUAAGAAAGAGUGCAUGGAUAUAGAAAAUAUGCCUCACAAUUGGACGACCCCCAUUAUCCAAUACCUUACCAACAACAGCCUGCCAAAUAAUCCAGACUCGGCCAAGAAAAUAAGAAUGCAUAUAGCUAAAUACCUCCUUCUCGGAAAAGACUUGUACAGAAGAGGGAUUUCAACACCUAUGCUUAAAUGCCUUAACGACAACCAAGCAAAUUAUGUCAUGAGGGAGAUUCACGAAGGUAUCUGUGGUACCCAUUCGGGUGGACGAACCAUGGCGGCAAAAAUACUCAGAGCUGGGUACUAUUGGCCAAUACUCUCCUAA